AUGGCCAUCCCAUCUGCACAGGUCGCUGCUGCGAUUCCACCCCCAGGACCUAAUGGAUCUUUGAACAUACAAAUCAGCAAGACACACCCUGUUCCCAAACCCAGCGAUGGAGAGGUGCUUAUCAAACUGGAAUUUUCUGGAGUCUGUCAUAGCGAUGUUCACAGCAUCCGUGGCGAUACUCCUAUGCUGACCGAUGUUGCUGGUCAUGAGGGAGUGGGGAAAGUUGUUGCAGGUGAGGGGUUCCAAAAGACUAGUCUCAUCGGACUCGACUUCUAUUUUGUUGGUCUACAAGACACUGAGAUUAACUUUCAAAAUUACCUAGCUGGGCCUGGCCUGGACGAACAACAGUGGAUUGGUCAAAGGGUGGGUAUCAGAUGGCUAUACAGCUCUUGUUUAGAGUGUGAAAUCUGUGCUAUCAACCAUACCUCAUGUCCCUAUCAAAAGAAUGCCGGAGCGAACGUGCCAGGAACCUUCCAGCAAUACCUCGUUAGCCCGGCCAUUCAUGCCACUAAGAUUCCGCCGGGGCUGGCUCCAGAUACCGCGGCUCCCCUACUAUGCGCUGGUAUUGCAAUGUACUCCUCGAUCAAGAAGACCAAAGCACGCCCGGGCGACUCAAUCGUUAUUCUGGGUGCAGGAGGGGGAUUAGGACAUAUGGGUGUCCAAAUAGCUGCUAAGAAAGGACUCAAGGUUAUCGCAAUUGACAAAGGUGAAAAGAAGAGAAAGCUCUGUCUAGACUUAGGCGCUGCGGAGUUCUUUGACUUCUCUGAAGUUGACAUCGUCGAAGCUGUCAAGGCCUCCACAUCGGGUUUCGGUGCACAUGCCGUCAUUUGCACGGCCAACGGAGAAAGGGCCUACGAACAGAGCUUGCAAAUGUUGCGUCGUCUAGGGACUCUCGUCUGCGUUGGUAUUCCGAAUGUUCCUUUCAAGUUACCGGUCACACCGGUAGAUAUGAUUGUCAAAGGUCUCACUAUUGUUGGGAAUUCUGCUGGCAGUGCGAAGGAGAUGGAAGAAUUGAUGGAAAUGGCGGUAGCGGGAGAUAUCAAGGCAUGCAUUGAGGUAUUUGAUCUCGCUGAUAUUCUAGACGUGCUGAAACGUCUUGAGAAUGCGGAGAUCGAGGGGCGAGUGGUUUUGAGGAUCCCUGAGUAG